AUGGCUGGCAUUGAGUUACUAUCAGAUGAAGGUCUUCGGUGUGACGGCCGGCGUCCCAACGAAGUGAGGAAAAUGAGUUGUAGUUUCGGUGUCUUCGACCAGUCGGACGGAUCAGCUUAUGUCGAGUUAGGAAACACUCGAGUGUUGGCCGCAGUCUAUGGUCCGCACGACAUCCGCGGCGCCCGAUCUAAGGCCAGACACGACAGGGCUGUCAUCAACUGCCAGUACUCGAUGGCUACGUUCAGCACAUCCGAGCGCAAGCAUCGACAGCGAGGGGACUACCGGUCCCUCGAGAUCACCAGUAAUCUGCGCGAAGUGUUUGAAAACGCCAUUUUGACGGAACUGUUCCCUCACUCGCAAAUCGACAUCUUCGUGGAAGUGCUUCAGUCGGAUGGCAGUAAUUACAGCGCGUGUGUCAACGCCGCCACUCUUGCCGUCAUUCACGCGGGCAUUCCCAUCAAAGACGUGGUCUGCGCGUGCAGUGCAUCGAUGGUCGGCGACCACUCUCUAGUGGACAUCAACUACAUGGAGGAGUCGGUCGGUUCGGGACCUAAUAUGACGAUCGCAUUACUGCCCAAAAGCAAACAAAUCCUUUCCAUGGAAUCAAGCGGUCGGAUGCACUCGACGGCUGUCUCGCAAGUGAUGGACUCAGCGAUGACUGGCUGUCAGGAAAUACUUCAAGUGAUGAAAGCAUCCAUUUUGAGUCAUACGAAGGAAUUGAAUAAACAAUAA